GUUCUACCCGUCUACCCUGAGCCAUGUGAAGUACUUCGUUGCCGUUUGCAGCUGCUAAAUUGAGCUCUUGAAAUGGAACUUACACAGGACGAGAAGGUGCUGCGAGGGCUGCUCCAGUUCUUUGUUUGCGCAGAUGCCCGACGAGUCCCAUCAGAGGCUCCUUUGAAUUUGAAAUACCGGGAUUUGAUCCUGACUGCAUUCGAGGCAGCCGUUGAAGAUGGUGCCAUUGUUGCACAUGAGACGAGUUUAAUCCCAGCAGUUCCGUCCAACAUCCCAAAUUUGGAAGAAACGCAUAUCUUUGCGCAUGAGAUGUGGUGCCAGCACUUCUCAUUGCCGUUGCACUGCCCAGGGAUGGAGGAUGCGGAUGGUGCGCCCAAGGAGAGCCAGGCGACUCCAGGUCCAAAGAGAUCUAGAUGGCAGUGGAAAAAAACAAGUCUUACAGACGGUUUCCUCCCGAUCCUCCUGGAGUACAGCGGAGUGAGGUGAAGAACCAACAAGCUCAGCUGUUGGAACAGUGCACCAAGACCUUGCAGGCCAUACUUGCAAAGCUUCAAAACACUGGGCUCACAUGCGAACAGCGAGACAAGUACCAAGCCAUGGCGCACCAGAUGCAUCAAAAAAUUGAAUCUAUCAAGCCUGCUAAAAAGAGAAAGAAAAAGAAAAGAGAACAGUUUGCUCCGGAGCACGACACCAAAGCAUGCUGGAAAGCAGGCAAAGGUGCCAGAAGAAAAGAAGGGAGAAAGAAAAACAAGCAAAGGCUGAGGCAUGUGUACUCCGGGAAAGUUUGGACAAGACAAAAAAGAAAGAUGGAUUUGAACCAUCCAGAUGAUGUCAACCAGCGUGCCUGAAAUCGUGAGAAAAGUGCUGCAGAAUUUCUUGAAGUGGUGCAGAUGCGUUCUGAAUCGUCCUGGUAAUUAUUCAAAGGCCUCAAGGCAACUGACUUGUCCAAAGGGAUGCAGUUGAUUACAGCUGCACCAGCAGCUGUGCCUUUAAAUUUAGCAAUCCCAGCGGUCACUGCUUGAAACAUCUUGAAACAAUA